GGAUGUUGGUUUUACUAUUGCGUGAGUGAACCCUGCUGUGGUCAUUUGACUAAAUAAACAGAUCUGCUGCCCAACCUCCUCUCCGCCUCUCUCCGUCUGAGACCCUGGAGACCCGAGCUUUAGCUCCAUCCCUCCCUCCAGCAGCUGUAUGAGCGACCGCUACAGAGAUCUCAGACAGAGAGAGAGACGAGGAGAGGCAGACAGCGAGAAGUUAGGCUUUUCCUAGCCAUGCUUUUGCUCUGACGUCCAGGCGUCUGCUGAAGAGUCUAAAUGUGUCCUGCUCUGGAAGGCAGCAUGAAGAGUUUCAGCCGGUCCCAACUGACUGCCAUGACAACAGGUUUGCUCCUGCUCUCUCUGGGUAGUUCAGGUCUGGAGCUCAAUCCCAGCGUCACUCAGAUCAUCCUCUCCAUCAACUCCUCCUUCAGCAUCACCUGCUCUGGCUGGAGUAACGUCACCUGGCGCUUCAAGCGGGAGGAGAAAGUUCCGGAGUUCCACACCGAGAAGCGAAGUCCCUCCUCCAGCAUUCUCAGUCUGGAGCAGGUGACGUGGAGACAAACGGGCGUCUAUGUGUGUUUAGAGAACGGGACAAACGAGACCAGAGAGGUGGCUGUGUUUGUGCCUGAUCCUGAGGUGUGGUUCCUUGAGAACGAUCAUGUCAUGGUGACUAAGACGCGAGAGGAAGGCACGAUCCCAUGUCUGGUAACGGAUCCCUCGAUAAACGUCACGCUGUACGAGAAAGACUCAGAGAUAAUGGUGGAGGGUUCGUACAACCCCAGCAUGGGCUACACCGCCGCCCUGGAGGACAGAACCUACAAAUGCAAAGGAGAGCUGAACGGAGAGGAGAAAGAGUCCAUCCCCUUCUACGUCUUCAGUAUAUUUGCUCCCGAGGCUCUGGAUCCCUACAUCAACGCCUCCAAAACGGUCCUGAAACAGGGCGAGACGCUGAACGUCAACUGCACCGUUCAUGGCGCGGAGCUCGUCUUCUUCCUUUGGGACAUUCCCGACAUAAACGCGGGGGGCGUUGAGCUCUUGACCGAUGUCCUGUCGUCCAUGAGCAUGCGGUCCUGUCUCAACAUCACAGACGUGUCUCUGGCCAGAUCAGGACAGUAUGUUUGUCACGUGCAUGAGGGUGUGCUGAACCAGAGAGCUUCAGCCAGUAUAGACAUCACUGUACUGGAGAAAGGAUUCGUGGCUCUUUCUUCUCAUCUGGACAGGAACGUCUCGGCGCUGCUCGGAGAAAACGUGGAGCUGAAGGUGAAGAUCGAGGCGUAUCCCAAACCCACCGUCCUCUGGACUAAAGACGGCGCUGCUAUUAGAGGACACAACACCAGACAGGAAAACGAGACCCGGUUUGUCAGCACACUGACCCUGGUCAGGAUCCAACUGGAGCAGAUGGGUCUCUACACCAUCAGUGUCCAAAACCAAGAUGACUUUAAAGAGUUGACCUUUGACCUAGAGGUGAAAGUUCCUCCUCAGAUAACUGAACUCUCUGACCAUCAGCUGCCUGGUAAGAAGCACGCGGUCACCUGUGUGGCGGAGGCAGUGCCGUCUCCCAGCAUUCAAUGGUUCAGCUGUGACAGCAUGCCCAAGUGCAGUAACAGAAGUGUGGCGUGGAGCCCUCUAGUGGAGGAUCCCGAGAAAGUCACCAUCCAGACCAACGUCAGCUACAACAUCACACACAAGAUCCACCAGGUGCACAGUCAGGUGACUCUCCUGCAGCCGCAGCUGCUCACCAUCCGCUGCGAGGCCCGCAACGAGAGAGGAGCUCGAGCCCGAGACAUCAGACUGGUCAACAGCACAUUGUUUUCUCAGGUGGCCGUUCUGGCUGCUGUCUUAGCGCUGGUGGUCAUCGCCAUCAUCUCCAUCAUCAUCCUCAUCGCUGUGUGGAGGAAGAAGCCGCGCUAUGAAAUCAGGUGGAAGGUGAUUGAAUCGGUCAGUUUGGAUGGACACGAGUACAUCUACGUCGACCCCAUUGACCUGCCCUAUGACCUGGCCUGGGAGAUGCCGCGGGACAGUCUGGUGCUGGGUCGGACGCUGGGAUCUGGAGCCUUCGGGCGUGUUGUCGAGGCGACGGCGUACGGUCUCGGCCGUUCCCAAUCCGCCACUAAAGUGGCAGUGAAAAUGCUGAAAUCGACGGCUCGGAGGAGCGAGACUCGAGCUCUGAUGUCUGAACUCAAGAUCAUGAGUCACCUGGGUCCUCACCUCAACAUCGUCAACCUGCUGGCCGCCUGUACCAAACCCGGUCCGCUAUAUCUGGUGACAGAAUACUGUCGCUAUGGCGAUCUGGUUGACUAUCUGCACAGGAACAAGCACAGCUUCCUGCAGCACUACGCCGACAAGAACCACAGCCAGAUCUGUAACGACAGCGAUGUGUCGACCAGGAAAGAAUACGUGUCGUUCGGCAGCGAGUGUGAUGGAGGAUACAUGGACAUGACCAAAGACAAGCAGACCGAAUACGUGCCAAUGCAGGAGCUCUCAGACUCCAUCAAGUAUGCAGAUAUCCAGCCAUCACCCUACGAGUCUCCUUACCAGCAAGACAUCUACCAGGAGCAAGGUACAGAACAUACUCAACCACUGGUCAUCAGUGAUUCUCCGCUUCUGAGCUACACUGAUCUCGUGGGUUUCAGUUAUCAGGUGGCCAAGGGCAUGCAGUUCCUGGCAUCAAAGAACUGUGUCCAUCGGGAUCUGGCAGCAAGAAACGUUUUGAUCUGUGAGGGCAAACUGGCCAAGAUCUGUGACUUUGGACUGGCCAGAGACAUCAUGCACGACAACAACUACAUCUCCAAAGGCAGCACGUUUCUUCCUCUGAAGUGGAUGGCGCCGGAGAGCAUCUUUCAUAACCUGUACACCACGCUGAGUGACGUCUGGUCCUACGGCAUCUUACUGUGGGAGAUUUUCACUCUGGGAGGAACCCCGUAUCCAGACCUGCCCAUGAAUGAGUUGUUUUACAGUGCUCUGAAGAGAGGAUACCGCAUGGCUAAACCCUCGUACGCCUCCGACGACAUUUAUGAGGUCAUGAGGAAAUGUUGGGAUGAGAAGUUCGAGAAGCGUCCGGAGUUCUCCUUUUUGGUGCACACAAUGGGGAACAUGCUGUCAGACGGUUAUAAAAAGAGAUACUCUCAGGUCAGCGACAGCUUUCUGAAGAGUGAUCACCCUGCGGUGGCCCGUGUGAAGCCGUGUGUCCCGUCUCCAUUCCCGGGAACCUUCCCUCCUCAGUCUCCCGCCUCAGAUCCGAGCCCAAACCCGACCCCGCGCCCGCAGGCCAACGGAGAGAGCACUGACGCUCCGCACAAUGAGUACAUCAUCCCCAUCCCCGAUCCCAAACCGGAGGAGGAGACCCAGGACGGGCCGGUACUGACGGAAAUCCCCUCGAGCUUGUUAAGUUCUGAUGAGGAGACGGUCUCCAUGGAAACCCCGAGCACCGAACCCGAGCGCGAGGAGCUGCUGUCAGAUCAUUCUGGAAGUCCAGAAGUGGAGGAGAGCUUCCUGUGACACACUCCUGCUUCCUGUCAUCAUGAAGUAAUUUUAAUGUACAUUUUGAGCAGAUUUUUAUCAAAUGCAUCAGAAUGAUAUGCUAGAUUUCCUCAUGUGUCCUUAAAGACCGUCUGUGAAGGUUGAGGCUUGAACCAGACCAGUUCUUCAUUGUUUUUGUAUUCUUUCUUACUAAGGUGGUACAAUGCAGUAUUAUAAACUGCAGAAGGCAAAGCUACAAUCAGCUGAUAUGUACAUUAGUUGUGUUAUGGUUUAAAAUCAAACUUCAAACUGUCAAUCAGCACACAAAUAUGAUGUGCUAUAUCAUACUUUUUUGUGUUAAAAUCAAUCUCAGCAUUUUUGAAAUUAAGUGCAUAUUUCAUUU